UAAAUAUUUCGUAAUGCAAAUAAUAUUUCUUAAUUAAUUGUUUAUCUCGAGGACUAUCGGUUUAAGAUAAAGACAUUGAAGAAGUGUUUUGUAACUGAUGGAAUUUUCGACAAGAAAGGUCUGCAGAUAUUUUAUUCUGAGGUCAAUGCGUAUUGAAAUUAUCCGCAAUAUAAAUAUCAACACCGAAAUUCAAUUCAUCCCACUCUACUCUUUUGAAGAAAAAAAUUGUCUUCAGUAAUUUUUCAACUCUGAUAUUCCACUUGUUUUUGUUUCACCGACACAUCAAAAUUUUAAAUGCUGUUGCAAAUAAAAAAUAAAAAUUGCCAUAAAUGGAAAGAUUCAAGGAAAAUUGGAUUUUAAACUGAGUCAUGUCGAAUCGAAAGCUCGUAAAUUUCUCAGUAUACAGAAAUAGUUUUAGGUGUCUGAGCCAAGAGAGUAAUGGAGCGAAUCUGAAGAAAUUCAGUGCUAAACGCAUCGCCUUUGAGAGUGAUUACUAUUACAAGCAAAACAAGGAACUCCGGGAGCUUUUAAAGAGAAAAACUCAAGAGGAACUUCAAAAAAUGCAGAAUAAAGUCCGAUCAAUGCAGCGACAGAUCAAAGAAUACAAUCGCGACAUCGACGAAACGUUGAGGUUCUUAGAAAAUUUGGAAAAGGGAGUCGCGUCCAAAGAGAAGAAAACCUGAAUAAAUUACAUAAAUCAUUAUCAUUGAAUCAAUAAAAAAAAAUCCAA